AUGGAAAAGUGAGAGAAUAACCGAAUAGGAACGAGGAACGAAGAGUGGGUGUUGCACUGUAAUUCUGUAAAGACCAUAUGGGAAAGUGAGAGUGAGAACACAACAGGAAUGAGGAACGAAGAAACGGGGUGGGUGUUGCAGUGUAAUUCUCAUUCACAAUAAUCAUUUCUCUGUCUCAUGCCUUCUUCAAUUUCUCUUCAUUCUUAAUUCUGUGUUUGUGAAUUCAUCUCUUGAUUGCAAGAAUGUUGUCAUUGUUCUCAUUCUCACUCUCACGAAUCAUGUUAAGGUACUCUCCUUAUUCUGUUCCCCACUCCGCCUUCCGUCUUUGCUUCCCUUCAACUUCAUUCCUACACACUCACUCUCACUCUCAGUCCCAAUCACGUGAUAAAUAUGCUGAUAUCUUCACUCGCUUGCUCUCUAUGCGUCCUCCUCCAUCCAUCAACUCCUUUAACAUGAUUUUGGGGGUUCUUGCCAAGAUGAACGAUUUUCCCACCGCCCUACCCCAUGUUCAGCUGUUGGAAGCCCGGGGAUUUCAGUUUAAUGAAGUGACUUAUGUGACCUUGAUUCAGGGACUCUGUAAGACCAGACACACAUCAGCUGCUAUUCAAGUGUUGAGAAAGAUCCCAAUGAAUGGGAUUGUUCCUAAUGUCGUCAUGUACAGCGCAAUUAUUGAUAGCCUCUGCAAGGAAGGACUUGUGAAUCUUGCUUUUCGUUUAUUCUCCCAAUGGAAUUUCUCCUGAUGUUCAAAGUUACAAUAUCAUGAUUAAUGGCUUCUGCAAAAGUAAAAUGCUCGAUAAAGCCUUGAUUCUCUUUGAAGAAAUGCCUCGCAAGUACUUGGUUCCAAACACGGUAACUUACACCAUUCUUAUUGAUAGCUUGUGCAAAUCAAAGAGAAUCUCUUGUGCUUUAGAGCUUUUUGACAAAAUGCAUGAUAGAGGUCAAACCGCUAAUAUAGUCACUUACAAUUCCUUAUUGAAUGGGAUGUUCAAAAACAAAAGACUUGACAAGGCACUUAUGUUAUUCAGUCAAAUGAAAAAGAGUGGCAUUGAUCCAAAUAUACACACAUACAGAGUACUUAUUGAUGGCCUAUACAAUGCAAAAGAGAGUUUUCAAGAUUUUUCCGUUAUAGAUUGUCCUCCAAAUGUGAGGGCAUACAAUAUUAAGAUCGAUGGGCUCUGCAAAAAGGGCUUAUUUGAAGAAGCAUUGACCCAGCUGUUGGAAAUGGAACACAAUGGUUGCUUACCAAAUGUUGUGACUUUUGUAACUGUUAUUCAUGCUUUGUUUGAAAAAGAUGAGAAUGACAUGGCGGAGAAACUUCUUCGGGAAAUGAUUGCUAGAGGCUUGUGGGAUUUAUAAAAGAAGGUAUAGCAGCCUAUUUUAACAAUGGCAUCUAGAAAUAGAAGAUUGACAAGUGGUUCCUAUGGCAGUGACAGUUUUAAUGUCAUGGGGGAAUGGUUUUGCGAUUGUGAAUGAACCUGUUGUAAAACUAGAGAAUGAAAUGCUAUUAGCCUAUUUAUGAAAUUGUUAAAUUGUUUUCUUAAUUUUAGAUUUGUAGUUUGUAUGUUUCUCAUCAUAGUCUUAUUUUUUAAACUCUAAUAAGUGCUUUGGAAUGUAUUAAGCAUAUAAAUAUUAUUGUAAAAGCUAGAUUCUUCAAUGAAAUGAUUGUGUUCUUAUAUAUUAUGGCUAUGUUGAAUAACCAUUUUGUGGGCUGGAUAUUGCUAAGAAAAAAUAGAGUAGUGAUGGCACAUAUU